UCAUUCAGUGCUUGAAAGGACAUCGGAAGAAUGAAGCUCCUCGCGUUGGUCUGCGUAGCAAUUAUCUUGAGUGAAGCUCAUUCAGCUCCACAAUUCGGACAGUUAUUCAACACACUGGGAAGUGCAGCAUCCAAAAUUUUGAACUUCCGAAGCGAUAAUAGAGGCGCCGAUGGCUACGAUUUUUCAUUCGAAUCUGACGAUGGGACGAAACGAGAGGAAAAAGGAGAAUUUGUUAACGGAGUAUGGACAGUGAAGGGUGUCUCUAUGUGGCGAUCUCCCGAUGGGAUGAUGCACAGGACGACGUACACGGCAGACGAUAACGGAUAUAACGCAAUCGACGAAAAAGGAGCAUUCAGCGCAGGAGCUUUGGCCUCUUUGGCAGGAUAACUCGUACCACACUACCUCGAUAUUAAAUUUUUUGUUUUUGUUUUGUUUUUAGAAAAAAAUCUUGAAAAAAAAAACACCAAAUGAA